CUUGGUUGUUCAGGCCGCUAGUAAUACAAAUUGGAGUCUAUUUGUGUUAAUUAUAAAAAGGUGAUGCUGAUUUUACUCAUAGUUAUGCUCCUUGGAAUCGCCCAGGCGCAGAUUGACCCACAAAAGAAAGAAGAUAUAGACACAUUCGUGGAAGAGAUCAUUCAAUGCAGAGGAAAAGUUGGGAUGAAUCUUGCGAUUGUGCAGGAUGGUACACCUUUGUAUACAACUGGGUAUGGCUACGCGGACCUGGAGAACGAAGUACCUGACGAUGGGGCUACUAUACAUGCAAUAUAUUCUAUCUCCAAGUCAUUUGCUGUGACAUUGUUUGCAACUGUGAUAGAAGAAACGGAAAUAUCAUGGGAAUCGUUGAUCGCAGAUCUGUUACCGAACUUCCGGUUUCCAGAUGAAGAACGGAACAAAGGGUUAAAGUUGAAAGACCUGCUCGGCCACGUAACUGGAAUUCCUGAGGGCUUAAAUGCCCCUUAUGAUUCGAAAGCACAAUUCUUAGACGUGGUACAGUGUCAAGAUCCAGUGAUGGGGAUGCGAGAGAGUUUUUGUUAUGUUGACAAAAAUUAUUACAUUGCUGGAGCGAUCCUUGAACAUCUGACGAACCAAACCUUUUCCCAGUUGAUGCAAGAUCGAAUAUUAACCCCAUUGCAGAUGAACUCGACACUACCCUCCCUCGCACAACGGUUCAACGAGUCCAUAGGCAAAUGGGCUUAUGGUUAUCGUUUAACAAACGGGGAGCUUGUGAGUUUCAGAACACCUGGAAAGAAAGGUGAAAUCACAGAAACGUUAGAAGCGGCAGCAAUGGGGGUACUGACUACAGCAGAAGACAUGGCGAAGUACACGACGUUUCACCUUGGGGCGUAUAGAAAUGACGGAUCCUUCAAUCCAGUUGUGGACCCUGAGAUAUUGAGAAAAAUGUACCACCCAAACCAAGCCAUAAAUUUUUUCACAUCGUUCCUUGAGAUUGAUGGCCUAGAUGAUAUUGAUGAAACGUGGAGAGUCUAUGACUAUGGGAUGGGAUUUUGGAGUGGGAAUUUUAGAGAGAGUGACUUCAUACAACAUGGCGGCAUUGGUUACCAUGAUAGUUUGUUAACAAUGUUCAAACAAUGGAAUCUAGGCAUCUACACUUCGAUGAAUGGACCUAAUGGAAUCGAUGCACACGCAACAAUUACAUUGAUUCACUUUUACAUCGCUGACGUCCUCCGUGGGAACACCCCCGUCUAUGAUAUCAGUUACGCUUGCGAUUUCACACUUCCCGAAAAACAUGGCACAUUUUGUGGACCUUUUAACAUACAUCCAGAUCAUCGUAUCAAUAAGACCAGAACUCCAACCUUCUCAAUUGAGUCCUACACUGGGUUAUAUGAAGACCGAAGUGCCAAGUUCAAAAUAAAAGUUGAUCCGAAUACCGCUACCUUGGUGAUGGCAAAAGGUUGCGAAGAAUACCAUCUCUACCCCAGUGGUGCGCCUCAUGCGUUUGUGGCCCAAUCCACAGGGGAGUGUUUUGGAUGUACAAAGCGAAUUGUUUUCAACGUUUCUCAUGAAGCUCGAUUAAUCGUUGAUUUUUCAAGUGUAAACAUAGAUGGAGAUGAUUUCCGCAAUGCCAAAACGAGACGAACCUUCGGGCGUCGGCCAGACGUAUGAGAUACCAUUAGCAAAUGAAGUCCAUCACUCGGAUGUGUGUUUUUCAUUGAUAACUCUAGUUAUUCUACAAGCUUAAUAAUCAUUAUUAUGAUAUCGGCCCAGUGUAAAAGUGAGCUUUGUCUGUUUUUAAUGUCCCCUUACAUUCCCAUACUGUUCUAAUUCGGCUUAUUAGUCAUACGUACACAGUUGUGGUCAGGUAGAUACCCGGGGGUAGAUACUA